UUUAAAUUACAAUUUAAGUUUUAAAAUUAAAUUCAUUGAAAUAAACGUAAAAAACUUAUAGUUACGGUGCUACAAUGUGGAUUCCUCCGAGAGAGUGCGCAAUGCCUUUUGCCCUCUGGAUUAGCGAAAGUACAUUGACCACUUCCAAUUACUUCUUGCUACAACGCCGAAAAGGUCAUGGAGGUCUCCGCGGUUUCUCUUCAAUGCUGGUAGGAACACUGGACAACGUACUGGACACAAAGCCCUCUCCGUACAGAAUUUUGCACGUUCAACCUACGACUGGACUUCACUAUGAAAUCGCUUCUGACAUCACAUUGGAAGCAAUCCUAAAAGACUGGGAAUGGCUAUCGAAAAAUUUAUUCCGCGUAAUCAACGAAAUGGAGACCGAAGAAGAAAUUACAAAUUUUACGAUUUGUAAAAUACAGUCUUUGCUUGCACAUAGCUCACGUACGACCGAAGAUACAAUGGUGGAUCCAUCCAGUUUUCAAAUAAUGGUGAACAAGUUUCGCGAUAAAUUCAAAAUGCCUGAGAACGAAAAGCUCGUCAGCUACUACUCGUGCAGUUAUAUCAAAAAGGUUCCAAGGCAGGGUCAGCUAUACCUGUCGCUCAACCAUCUCUGUUUCUACUCUUAUAUUUUCGGUGCCGAAAGCAAGUUACGUUUUCGCUAUACUGAGCUGACCGAUAUAAAGAAGUCCGGAAAUAUGAUCACAAUUAAAACGUCUCAGGAAAAGGAGUACACCUUUGCUUUCCUCUACUCACCCAGCGAAGCAUACAAUCUUAUAGAGCAGAUGAGCAAACUAACAAUGCAAAAAUUAAUACAGGAUCCAGAUCGGCCCAUUGUUGAUCACGACCCGGUGGUUGGAAGAAAGAUGGAAAAAAAUGUUGGACAGAAAACGGUACUGCUUCGAGAUUUGACUACACUACAAUUGUCGGACGAAUACCGGGCUCAUUUCCGACUUCCACUGAGCGAGAUUCUGGAUGGUCGUAUUACGGCCUCCCUGUGGACACCGUACUCUAAGAAGCACGUCAAUGGGAUGAUCUAUCUAUCGCAAAGUUAUCUCUGCUUUAAGAGUGAUGUAUACGGUUUGGUGGGGCUAGUGAUUCCACUGAACAAAAUAAUGAGUGUUGAGAAAAAGGAAGAACAGCAUGAUAGGUUUAGCAAUCGUAUAAUUAUAACUACUUCUGAUGCAAAUAUAUUUCUCUUUUCAAACAUAUUGGAUCGAGAUUUUCUGAUUAGCAAAAUAUCAGAGCUACUUUCUAAAACAAUAACCCCAAGCAAGGGUGUAGAUGAUAUUGAUUGGACAAAACAGGAACCAUUGAUGCAUCUAUUCAAAGAUCCCGAUAACAAGGCAUUUGAUGAUCUACAAGCUGAAAAGCUAAAAAGAUGGGAUGAUCACUUUUCCAUCUACGGCCACGGAGUGUCAAUGUUUCGCACAACUGAAACAAUCAACAUGGUGAUUGAUGGUAUCCCAGACAAGCUGAGACGUGAAGUCUGGAUGACAUUCUCCGGCGCAAUACACAUGAAACUAAUGAAUCCGGGGCUCUAUAAGGAGUUGGUGCAGCGUGCCAAAGAUCAGCAAUCAUCCACGUUCGACGAAAUCGAGCGGGAUCUGCAUCGUUCCCUUCCGGAACAUCCUGCGUUCCAAACGAACAUAGGCAUCAUGGCCUUGCGAAGGGUACUGCAAGCUUAUGCCCUACGCAAUCCGGAAAUCGGCUACUGUCAGGCGAUGAACAUCGUUUCGUCUGUAUUUUUGAUUUACUGCGACGAAGAAGACGCGUUUUGGAUACUGUGCUGUCUUUGCGAAUCGUUGCUACCGGAUUACUACAACGACAAGGUAGUGGGAGCUCAGAUCGAUCAGGGUUCGCUGGACGAACUGAUCACAACUCACUUGCCGAACUUGCAUGUCAAACUAGGUGACCUAGGCAUGAUUCGAAUGAUAUCGCUCUCCUGGUUUUUGACCAUCUUUCUCAGUGUUAUGCCAUACGAAAGUGCGCUGCACAUAAUCGACUGUUUUCUCUGUGACGGAGCAAAAGUGAUAUUUAUUAUAGCUUUAAAGAUCUUGGAAUGGAAUCAGGAUAAACUUUUAAAUUGCAACGAUGAUGGAGAGGCCAUGCAACUGCUGUCCAACUUUCUGAUGGGGAUUUACAACGAUGAGGUGCAACAAAUUAAGAACAUGGAUAAAGAGCGAAAUCAAUUCAGGAGUCAAUCGGUGCAAACCCUUAUCUAUGAAGCAUAUCUCAAGUUUGGAAAAGCAAUCACGUCACAGAAGAUUGAGGAACUGAGAAAUAAACAUCGCCGUUUGACCGUUCAUCAGCUGGAGAAAGAUCUGGAGAAUAGCUUUAUUAAAAAUUACAAAGAAAAUGGCUACUUCGAUGCCGAAGAACUCCGGCUACUUCUGUGUUACACCAAGGAAGAAAAACUAAAUCUCAAAAACUGCAGCCGUCAAUCGUCAGUAAACACGGAACCGGUAUACGACGCAGCACUGCUGAACGAUGCCACAAAACGGUUCCGUGACAAUCGCUACGACUGCUUUCGGGUGGAUUUCGAUACCUUCCGAAAGUUGUUUGUUGACUUGACACCUUGGGGUCAUGUUCAGAAUAUAGAUGUUCCCGAAAAGUUGUUCCGGCUAAUAGACAAGCAAGUUUGUGGCUACUUAGAGUUUAAACAGCUCAUUUUUGCUAUUGGUAUAAUUUGCUCAAAACGUGCUACUGAAAAACUAAAACUGCUCUAUAUAUUGCAUUUGCCGCCACUGUUGUCGGCCCAGGAGAUUGAAAAUAGCAGUCAAUCAGAAUCGAAAGAUUCUGACACUGAAGUUGCAACGGAAGCGGAAAGCUUCUUCAGUGACAACCCAUUCGAAACAAUCAAAUCCCUACCGUCUCCGAUUGACAUCAGCCUGGAAGCUUCAGACGUGGAGAAUCUCUCGCUGUCCCAUUUCAAUGCCACACCGAAUCUGUCCAUUGACGAGUCAUCGACAAAUGCCGAAACAUCGUCGAUGUUUUACGUGGAUCUGCCUACGACGGCGGCAGCCACUGCAACGGUGGGCAAUGCCAAUUUGGGUGACCUCGAGUCGUACGGAUCCCGUUCCGAUAUCAGCGAUCUGGGCUUUAACAAAAUCAGUUUCGAAGACGGCAGCAGCAGUACCACCACGAAUGGACGACGUCCUACUGGCAACGAAACGAGAAGCAUUAGCAGUUUGAGGAUAUUUCUAGAUGAGCCGGAUUCGAAUUUCACCAACAAAAGCAUUCCGAACAUGACACAGAAAAAUUUUAUUGUUUUGUGGACCACGCUGCUUGAGAUUCUGCAUAAGAGUAAAAAGGUUCUGGACGAAGAUAUACAGCAUGCCUAUAACACACUGAUUUCACUAGGAGAGGAUGCAUUCCUGAACAGAAGUGAGGAUAGCUUGGAAAGUUUGACGCAGUUAUCUUUUCCUCCCCUGAAUGAAACGGAUCCCAAUGGAAAUCCUUCGAAUGCAGAACAAAUGCUAGGUGCAGCCCGAAAGCGACAUUCCGUUGAUGAUCGACAGCGCCAAGAGGACAUGUGGGAAAUUACGUUGAAUCAAUUCAUUGCGACAGCCAUCUCUAUUUCCUCCAUAGAAGAACAUUUUUCACAGGCAGCUUCUAUUAGAACGCGUGUGGAAAUUUUGCAGAGGAAUCGGCGAAAAUGUAAAAGUUAACUGAAUCAGCCAUGGUACGGUACUAUACUGAGCAAAAUGAUUGCAUUUUAAUAUGACAAAUUAUAGCAGCUCGACUUGAAACAGCCUUUUUCGUUGAGAGUUUACUUCGCACACAGAAAGUUACUGAAAUAUGGUCCUAGAAGAAGGUCAACAUGCAUAGCGGAUUAUUCAUAUGCUACUGGAAUUAAAUCUUCUGAGAUAUUUUAGUAUAAGAACACAUAUAUACAGUCCAUGAAACGUACCUUUAUCACUGAACUAACAAAUGCGUAAAAACCCAUUACUCUGUGACAAAUUGUUGUUAUCAAUUGUUUCGAGAUGAUUAUUAAAAGAAUUGUGAAGUCAUAUAUU